AUGCGUGAGACGGGCGGAGGUUGCUGCAUGGCAAAACGUGGACGGAGAAGAUGCCCGAAAAUGAAAUCUGUUCACGGUGACGCGGGAGAAAGACAACGCAGCGAAUCCGGCUUAUCGAGUGUAGCGGUGAAUGGAUUCCUAGCCAGGAGUCGCCGCCGACGACUUUCUGUGGUCGCCCUCCUCGAAAGGAUAGCCAUAUACCAUCUCCUCCAAUCAUUCUCCACAGUGGUUCCUUUGGACCCUUCUGCCGAGUGGACCCCACCCUUUCUCUCUCCUCGAAGACCACAAACUAUCUCUCUCUCUCUUUCUCAACAAAGACCAGUGUCCCGCCGGGAGAGAAGGAAGUGUAAGAGUAGAAGAAAACAAUUCCUCUGCUUCUACGAAAUUGGCCCUUCUAGAGUUCCUUUUAUGGAGCCUCCAGAUAAGGGAAAAACUGCAUGGGGACUUCCUAGAAGAGUGGAUAUUCAUCAUGCACCAACUGAUGCCAGCUUGUUUUCUACUUCACUGCCUAUCCUUUCACAUGAGAAAUUUAAUUUUAAUGAUAGCGGUCAAAGUCAAAGCAGUCAGUUAUUUGACGAUAACUUUCCAAGUCUUAGCAAACUACAAUUAGCAGAUGAAUUAAAAGACGCUGAAGAUAUCGAACCAAACGCGAUAGGAAGCUCUCUACCGGGUGAUGAAAACGAACUCUUGGCUGGUCUCAUGGACGAUUUUGAUUUCAGUGGCUUGCCAACUCAGCUCGAGGAUUUGGAUGAUGAUUUUUUCGGGAGUGGAGGGGGUCUCGAAAUCGAACCCGAGAGCCGCGAGAAUCUGCUCAAUGAUUUGUCGAGUUUAAGUAUUGGCGACAGUUUUAGUGGUGGCAGCAUUUCUCAUUUUGGCUUUAUGAAUGGUGUGGGGCCAGUAAGCGGCGAACAUCCAUAUGGGGAGCACCCUUCGAGGACACUGUUUGUUCGUAAUAUCAACAGUAACGUGGAGGACUCUGAACUUAGGUCUCUUUUCGAGCAAUACGGAGAUAUCAGGACCCUUUACACUGCAUGUAAGCACAGGGGAUUUGUGAUGAUAUCUUACUAUGACAUCCGUGCUGCUCGAACUGCCAUGCGGGCAUUGCAAAAUAAGCCCUUGAGACGAAGGAAGCUCGAUAUUCAUUUCUCUAUUCCGAAGGACAAUCCAUCCGAAAAGGAUAUUAAUCAAGGAACUUUAGUGGUCUUCAAUUUGGAUGCUUCAGUAUCAAAUGACGAUCUUCGCCAAAUAUUUGGAACUUAUGGAGAAAUUAAGGAGAUAAGGGAAACACCACAUAAACGACACCAUAAGUUUAUCGAGUUUUAUGAUGUUAGAGCUGCAGAGGCAGCUCUCAAGGCUUUAAAUAGAAGCGAUAUAGCUGGGAAGCGCAUAAAGCUUGAACCUAGCCGGCCAGGCGGGGCCCGCCGGAGCUUGAUGCUGCAAUUGAGUCAGGAGCAAGAUCCCGAUGAAGCACGAACUCUACGCCUUCAAGUUGGUUCCCCCAUUGGCAAUUCCCCUCCUGGCAUACUAAUUGAUGGUAGCUGGCAUAAUUUUGGCAGUCCAGUCGAGCAGAACAACUCCUUGCACGCUUACGGUCAGACGCCUAAUUUAGGAGAACUCAGCCCCGUAAGAAGCAAUAAUGUGACAGGUUUGGCCUCUAUUCUUCCUUCUCACAUAUCGAGUCCAGUUAAAAUUGCUCCCAUUGGCAAAGAUCCAACUAGGGCAGGCCACCACACGAUCCACAUGCAAAAUAUGGCAAAUAGAAAUCACGGGCUAUCCCACUUUUCUGUUCCUAAUACCACUUUGAGCUCGAGCCCCGGACCCGUCUCGUCGUUUAGCGAUUCGAAGCCGUCGAGCAUUGGAACACUUUCCGGUCCUCAGUUUCUGUGGGGCAGCCCCAGUCCCUCUGUUCCUUCAGACCAAACUAAUUCGUUUAAGGGACCACCUUUUACAUCUAGGAGGACUAGAUUAAUCGGCUUUCCUUACACUACUAGUCAGCAGCACAGACCGUUUCUUGGUUCUCAUCAUCACGUGGGGUCCGCCCCUCCAUCCGGUGUUCAGAUCGAAAGACAUUUCGGUUUUUUUCCCGAGUCGCCCGAAACAACAUCUUACUUGAACCAGUCCAUGACGAUUGGAGUGUCGAAUUUCGGUCACAGCAAUGGGAAGAAUAAUGGUUCAACUAACUUGGGAGUUGCUUUUGCUGGGAGCUUCGGUGAAAGCGGUUCUCCCGGUUCUCGAAUGAUGUCAAUUUCGAGAAAUGGGCCUUUGUAUUUUGGGAAUGGCUCGUUCGGGAGCAUGGGAGAUGGCUUACUCGAACGUGGUCGAAGUAGAAGGACCGAUGGUGGAGUUCAUCAGAUGGAUAACAGGAAGCAUUAUCAGCUUGAUUUGGAGAAGAUUGCGAAUGGGGAAGAUAUUAGGACUACUUUGAUGAUUAAAAACAUCCCGAACAAGUACACUUCUAAGAUGCUGCUUUUAGCUAUUGAUGAAACACACAAGGGAACUUAUGAUUUUCUCUAUUUACCCAUAGACUUUAAGAAUAAAUGCAAUGUUGGGUAUGCCUUCAUCAACAUGGUGUCACCUGCUCACAUCAUCACAUUUUAUGAGGCAUUUAAUGGGAAGAAGUGGGAAAAGUUUAAUAGUGAGAAAGUUGCUUCUUUGGCAUAUGCAAGAAUCCAGGGAAAGACUGCUCUUGUGUCCCACUUUCAGAAUUCGAGUUUAAUGAAUGAGGACAAGCGAUGCCGACCGAUUGUGUUCCAAUCAGAGGGCCAAGGGACUGGUGAUCUGGAGCCUUUCCCGUCUGGAAAUCUGAACAUAUUUAUCCGCCAGCCAGAUGGAUCCUACACAGGAGAUUCUCUCGACAGCCCAACCGGUGAACCAGACGAGAAGCUAUAUGGCAAUUGUUUGUGCUGA